CUGUCAAAAUAGUGGGAAUGAAAAUUUCAUUCAGUUUUUCUGAAACACGAAGACGAUUCCAAUAUUUACUAAUUUACUUUUGCCAAAAAUUGCCCUCUUAAAUCGAGAUUACGUUAACUGGAUUGUGAAAGUACCGGGCUACUGAAGUGCGCGUACUUCAACGGUGACCGAUUGCCUUCGGUCGGUCCGCUGAAUCCAGCGGAAGCGCGAAGAUCCACCAAACGAUGGUCGACGGCAAAAGUUCAGCUCGUUGCAGCCUCAUCGUCAUCGUCGUCAGCUAAUUAGGGUGCGCUUACAGACGGUAAAUUCGUCGCUGUCUUCAUUAAUAUUCUACUCACUGGCGGCGGGGGUAUACGCGAUCGCAGCCUGAAACAGGAAUCAGCGAGACCGAGACAGGAAUGAGUAGCAGCAGCGAAGCUGGUUCGUCCUUCUGGAAGAACAACUCAGGACGGAUACCGGGAAGACCGACGGCCACUUCCAGAAUGGGCCCAGCCACCGGAGGUGGCGCUGUGCGUGGAGUUGGUGGUGGCGGCCCAGGUGGGGCCAGUUCGAGCAACUCCUUUCAGGAUUACCAGGAAUCGGUCAGCGAUGCGUGGGAUCUGGGUGACGACGAGUUCUGCAUCAUUUCCGGUACGGUAGACCCGACGGCGGCUCGGAUAUCGAAAAAGAUGUCCCACUCGGCGGCGUUGAAUGUCAUCAAAACGCAUCGCAGCGGUGGUGACCGGAGUGGCCGAUUGGCGGCGGAGGUUAGUGUACACAGAGGGAAUUCCGGAGCCGGCGGAACUACGGUAACUGGGACGAUGACCGUGGUGGAGAGCUUGGAUGAACUGAAAAUCGACAGAAGUGUGACGGAGAAGGCUCUGGCGCAGCACUGCGAAGCAUUGAAUCACGUCAACGAGAACCGUUAUCGACAAAGGUUUCACGCGUACCCGGGCCGUCCACAGUUAUUAAAAUUAUCGUCCAACGUGGCAUCGAAGGACGUCGAAUGUGAAUCCAAAUACGAAAAGUUUACCAACAUCCUCGAAGCGCCACUGUUGAAUCUGAUCGCCCUGAAGGAACUCAGCUGGUCCGGGAUUCCACGGCGGAUGCGAGCCGUCACGUGGCGCCUGCUGUCCGGAUAUCUACCGACGAGUCUGGAACGGCGGAACACCUUGCUGGAGCGGAAACGGGCCGACUACAAGAAGCUCGUCCAGCAGUACUUCCACGUGGAUAGUCGAGACGAGAUCCAGCAGGACACGUACCGACAGAUACACAUCGAUGUGCCUCGAAUGAACCCGCAUGUUUCGCUGUUCCAGCAGAAACUAGUACAGGAAAUGUUCGAGCGGAUUCUCUUCAUCUGGGCCAUACGGCAUCCAGCCUCCGGUUACGUGCAGGGAAUCAACGACCUGGUCACGCCAUUUUUCAUAGUAUUCCUACAGGAAUCUCUUGGGGCAGAAAAAGACCUGGAACAGUGCCAAUUGGGAGACCUUUCGCUGGAACAGCGCGAUAUUAUCGAAUCGGACUCGUUCUGGUGUUUGUCCAAAUUUCUCGACUGCAUUCAGGAUAACUACAUUUUUGCCCAGCUCGGCAUUCAGGAAAAAGUUAACCAACUGAAGGAACUCAUUCAGCGAAUUGACGGAACCCUCCACCGGCACCUGCAGACGCACGGUGUGGACUAUCUGCAGUUUUCGUUCCGAUGGAUGAACAACCUGCUAACCCGCGAACUGCCACUGUACUGCACGAUCCGGCUGUGGGACACCUAUCUGGCCGAGUCGGAUGGCUUUGCCGUGUUCCAGCUGUACGUGUGUGCGGCCUUUUUGUUGCACUGGCGCGAACAAUUGCUGCAGGAGAAGGACUUUCAGGGUCUCAUGUUGUUGCUGCAGAAUCUGCCGACCCACAGUUGGAUGGACUCGCAUAUUGGCGUCCUGGUGGCGGAAGCGUUCCGCCUGAAGUUCACCUACGCCGACACGCCCAAGCAUCUCGAGGGUAAAAGUUGACAGCACCACAGUGAGCGUAAUUACAAAUAUUGUAAAAACUAUCUCUAUAAGUUUAUAUAGGUUGGGAGAGUUGAGCAGAUUCUGUUAUUUUUUUUUAUUAUUCGAAGUUAUUUUACACACCACACAUUGAUUGUGUUAGAUUCGCAUGUUCAUAUAUAUGUUGUAGGUCCGAAAAUCAAGACGAUUAUGGCAGACGAUGGCAGAAUUCAGUAGGAUCGAGAGGUUAAUCAAUCAGAUUAGUGCGAAAAAAACAGUUGAAGACAUAAAAAUCGUUAGAUAUGAAAUAAAAAAGAAUUAACAACAUAAUCAAAUUACUUUGAAUAACAAGUAUCAAAAUUGUACAUUCUAGGGAACAUGUUUCGAAACAAAAUAUAUGGAAAAGUGAGAACAGAACUGAAGAAAUGAUUUCGACUUAUAUGUGCAAGAAUUUUUCGAGAACAAGGAGUGAAACUACCAAGGUAUGUAAUACAAAACAGAAUCGAUUCAAUGUAGGUUGCAAACUUAUGUUUAUUUUAUUGGGCGGAAUAAAUAAAUACAUGAUAAGGAGACUAGAUUAUAUUGCAAAAAGAAAAAUUAUUUUAUAGAUCAACAUAGAAUUUAUACGACAAGAAGAUUCUGUUCAAUUCAAUGAAAUUAGAUAAAAAACGACUUACUGAAAUGUCAGUUCAAUUACCGCGAUACACCAUAUUCUGUUGUAAAGAUCACUUUGAAAAAUUUAGGCGAAGUUAAAUUAAACAUAGGUUGAUAUGGAAAUUGAAAAUCUUGUAAAUAUCGCAAAAUUUUCAAAUAAAAAACUGCAGAAUUAGGAGUGAUCGCGGUAAGUUAAAACUUGAAACUAACUUAUUGGAAACCCAUGAUCAACAAAAAUAAAAAAAAUCAUCAGUACGCAUUAUAGGUAAUCAAUAAACAAUAUUAUUAAAAAAUCGAUAA